AUGCAAGAGCCCCGCGCCCUGCCGUGCAAGCGACUCGCGCUCUGCCAUGCAAACGCUCCGCCAUGCAAGCGCCCCACGCUCUACCAUGCAAGCAACAUCUCGGAUGCUUCCCAAGCAGAGUCUGUGCCAUGUGGACAAAGAGAUGGAAGCCUCCCAAGCAAGCGCCUGCGCCAAGCUCGCCUCCCGCGGUUUGCCACGCACGAGCUCUGCCCCUUGACGUGGAAGCACCCGGAUGCUUUCGAAUCAAACGGCACGCGCCUCGCUGAGCGAGCGCCCCGAGACUUGCUAAGCGUUUCCCUGCGCCCCGCGUUUGGGGAGUUGUGCGUGUUGACUGUUGAUAAAUAUGGAUUAAGGAAAGUCAGGAGUCCUUGAAGUUUUAUUAAAAACGUUUUGUUUUGUAAAGCAAAAACUUCUACAUUGUGAAUGCCAAAAGCGACGCAAUGCUGACCUUGCAAAGCGAGAUGGCCUCUAGCGGUGGCAGUGUAAAACUUUUUUAAAAACAAUGAACAUGAAGCAAUGUGUAAAGCACGAAACGGACAAAAGAGCUUUGAGAUAAUUACCCAUUUUUUGGUAAUAAAUUGUUUUUUCUAUUAAUCGACGAAUAAUCCAUCAAUAAUUAGAAUUGAAGGUGCUGUGGCGCUGAAGUGGAAGCAAGAUGAUUAAAUUAGAUUUAUUUAGACAAAAAACUGUAAAAACUGUGUGACGUAAAGGGGAUAAAGAUUAUCUGCGCACGUUUUCGAGUUCCAUAAUCCCUUCCCGUCAUUUCAACUAUAAACAGUUGAAAGAUG